GCUUAGCUGGCGCGUGCUCAACUGGGCCGUCAUUGGCCGCUCCAGCGCCGGCAAGUCAACGCUGAUCAACGCCCUGCGCGGGCUGAAACCACGCAGCCCAGGAGCUGCGCCCGUGGGCACGGCCACGAAACCUAAAGGGCCACAGGCCUACAUGUUCCAGGGUGACUUGGCCCGUUUUACGCGCAUGGCAAGGCUUUGGGAUCUACCCGGUGCUGGCACACGGGAGUGGCCAUGCGCGACUUACGUCAAGGACGCCGGUUUGCGACACUUCGAUGGGGUCCUCAUCGUCACUUCAGGGCCCAUCUCCGAGUUCGAGGAGAGCCUUCUGAAAGAGCUUAUGGAGUUCGACGUCCCUUGCUACCUUGUGCGGAACAAGGUUGACCAAGAUGUGAUGAACAACGCGCAGGAUAACGAGAUGUCUACAGAAGAGACGCUCAGAAUUUUGCGCCGCGAGUUGGUUACCAGCUGCGCCCCCACGCGCACCUUCCUCGUUUCUGCGAAGCAUCCGGACUGUGCAAAGUUCGACUUCCAAAAUCUGCUUCACGCCAUGGCGGACGACGUGGCAGCCCAACGGGCUGAGGUGCCUGAGCUGCCAGACCAGCUCGAAGGGCUGCCAGCUCGGGACCUCCUCUGCUUGGAGGGCCUGGGCUGCGAGUUGAACGGCCAGGAGCCUGCAGAAGCUGCUGCUCCACCCUCCUUCCUGGGCCUCCCUUCAGCGGAAGGGAGCUCUGAGCAGCCAGCAAACGCAUUUCUUUGG